AUGCGCUUGACGAUUUGCAAUGAACAUAAUAAUUCAAGUUCCUAUGAAAGCGACAACUUUGAUAGGCCGGAUAUCGGCCCUAAUGGGAGUUUCGGUGGCAAAAAACGUGCGAUUGAAAGGAUAAGAAAUGAGCCGGUGAUAUUUAUUCAUGGUAAUGGGGACGCAGCACUGCAUACCCAAGCUCCACUGGCGACUGGCUGGAGUAGGUCCAUUCAAUACUUUCUAGAGCAGAACUACACAGAAGGCGAGCUCUACGCUACGACCUGGGGUGAUGCAUGGGGUACAGGCUCGGUGUUGGACACCUACAGUACCAUGCAUACUUGCAGUAAUCUACUCUUUCUUCGAAGGUUCAUCGAAGCAGUGAUACAAUACACUGGUGCCAGGAAAGUCGACGUCAUUGCACAUUCCGUUGGUGUUGUUCUGGCCAGAAAAGCUUUGAAAGGAGGAUCACUCAUUGGAACUGACGGUAACUGCACACUUGGUCCUCCUCUUACAUCCAAGAUUGACACUUUCGUUGGAAUAGCUGGACCAAACUAUGGUUUGUGUGUAUGCCAACUAGCGCAGACUGUACCUGCUUGGUGUAAUGCUCUCGAUGGUCUCUACCCAGGAUAUACAUGCCAGGAUCAGCUCCUGUGUGGCUACACUUCGGGUAACUGCAAGCAGGAAAACUACUCAGCGCUGUUGGAGAAACUCAACAAUGACCCGGUACGAGAAGCUGAACAUGUGUAUGCAAUGUGGAGCGACGUGGAUGAAGUACUUCUAUUCCGUGGAAUGACAUGGGGCAAGCCAACGUCGAGAAUACCCGGCAUGAAUGGACGAUGGGUGUCUGAUCGAAAUGGUCACGUCGCCAUGAAAGACCUCACCGAGUUGCGACAGUUUGAAGCCGUUGUACAUCAUUCCAUUUAA